CCGACAUCAAACGAUCCUGUAGCGUAUGGCGCCGGGAUUCGAAUUUAUUCGCCUUCAAGGAUCCUUCUAUACAUUCGCGAUUUUUGCGUCGAUAGUUUUGUCCAACUUUUUUUUGUUGGAAAAGUGUUUUUCUUUAUUUUGAAAAAAAAAAACGUGACUUACUAUAUAAUAAAGUGUUUUUAAAUUUAGUGAAAAAUGGGGUGCGAAAGCUGCGUCCUGAAAAGAUGCUGCUGCUGCGGUUCUUUGAGAACAGGAGCCUUAGUUUCGGGGGCUAGCGCUAUUAUCCUGUCAAUAGUCACAAUUAUAAUCAUAGCCCUAGUAAUGUGCGACAUCCUCAACAUCCAAAUCAGAAUGAUUGUGCUCGACUCAAUCUUACCAACACUUGCCAUUCAAAUUAUCCUCAUUAUAAACUUCUGCUUUACCAUAAUACUCUCAAUAUGUUUGAUCAUUGGGAUUCUAAAGCGAAACUUCUACCUAAUGAUGCCCUGGGUUAUUCUUGGUGGAAUGCUCAUUGUGGGCCUUCUAGUUUCAGUUUUGGUUACCUCAAUUAACUUCUACACUGAAGGCACUCCAAAUGGGAACUUCAAUGGAACUUUGUGGUUGGUUUUGGGCCUGAUAGUUUUCGUAAUCUACACUUACAUGUGGCUGGUGACGUUCAGCUUCUUCUACCAAGUUUGGCAAGAAGCUAAACGUGGAGCUUAUACCAGAAAUCCUUUCAGAAGAAGAUAUUGAAUAAUUGAAGAUUGUGGAAUUUAGAAUUUUAAAAAGUUUAUAGCCCAAAAUAACUUGCCAUAUUAUAGCAAUAUCAUUAUUUUUUCUUGUCCAAGUUUAUUAUAUAGGGUGUCCGGAAUAACUUGAAGUACAUGGAGCAAUGUGAAUUACAAAAUACAUACGCACUUUUUUCUUUUUUGCCCCCCCUGUACUACAAGUUCUUCCGGACACCCUGUAUAGAAUUGAAUUAUUAUGUUGAUGUUGUGAAUGUUUUUUUUUUAAUAACUAAUAAAUUAUUUUAUCUACAACUAUA